AUGUGUGAAGAGGACUCUCAACAGAUCGUAGAGGAGAUUCAUGAAAUAAAAGUGGUUGGUGUCAAGGAAUCAAUUUCAUCAGAGAGAGAACCAUACUGCACAAAACAAUUGAUUCCCCAAUCUAAGUUUUCGGGUUCGUUGCCUUCUUGGAUUGGUAAAUGGAAGGAAAUGGACUCACUUCUGUUGGCUAACAAUAGGUUUACAGGAGAAAUCCCUCGUGAGAUUGAAGAUUGUCCAAUGUUAAAGCAUCUCAGUCUAGCUAGCAACUUGUUAACUGGUUCGAUUCCUAGGGAGCUUGAGUACUUUGAUGCUUCUGAGAACUGGUUAUCUGGAGAGAUACCAACAAAGAUCUGUGGAUUGCCUAAUCUGGUGUUCUUGAAUCUAGCCAAGAAUAAUCUAGGAGGAGAGGUGCCGAGAGAUGGGCUCAUUCUUGGGGGUAUGAUCAUCAUCUCUGUGUUUGUUUUCUCUCUAUGCAAAUGGGUUAUGUCAAAGAGAGUGAAGCAUAGAGAUGAUCCAGAGGGAAUGGAAGAAACCAGGUUAAAAGGUUUUGUUGAUCAAAAUCUCUAUUUCUUAAGUGGAAGCAGAUCAAGAGAGCCAUUAAGCAUCAAUGUGGCCAUGUUCGAGCAGCCACUUCUCAAGGUGAGUCUGGGAGAUAUUGUGGAGGGAACAGAUCACUUCUGUAAGAAGAACAUUAUAGGAGAUGGUGGUUUUGGGACAGUUUACAAAACUUGUUUACCCGGUGGGAAAACAGUAGCGGUCAAGAAGCUAAGCGAAGCCAAGACUCAGGGAAAUCGUGAAUUCAUGGCAGAAAUGGAGACUCUAGGGAAAGUGAAGCAUCCGAAUCUGGUGUCUUUGCUUGGAUACUGCUCUUUCAGUGAAGAGAAGCUUCUUGUGUAUGAGUACAUGGUAAAUGGUAGCUUGGACCACUGGUUAAGGAACCAAACUGGGAUACUAGAGUUACUAGACUGGUCCAAACGCCUCAAGAUCGCAGUUGGAGCGGCAAGAGGGUUAGCUUUCUUACACCAUGGUUUCCUUGAGACAACAUACACACCCUCUCGUUACAAUUGCAGCUUAUGA